GACAAAACUACGUCAUCCCAACCAGCAAAAUCGUCGCAAAAACGACAUCGCAAGGACUCGAGCGCGUCAGAUAAAUCGUCAUCAAGUCAUGAUAAAUGGUUGCCAACGGAGAGAAAGAAAUUGAAACGUUCGAGUUUUCGCGACAGUAGUUCGGACAGCGAUGAUAUCUCAAUUAUUGAAAAUCCUACCCCAAGGAAAUCACCUGCAAGCACUUCCUUGGGACGUCUGGGAAGAGACAGCAAGACUCAAAACAAAGAAGAGGAUUUAGGUAUUGACAGAGUUUGGAAUAGGUUUGGAAUGAACAAUCUUUCCCACAUAUUUCGCUACUCUGGUUAAGUAAAUGAAUCCCUGAACAAAUUAAAUUCACGAUCCAACGUUUAAACACUCCGAUCUAGUGUCUUCAUGUAACCAUGGAUAAUAAAAUAAAUGGAUAGGAAACUAGCUGACGUGACCUAAUCUUUUCAAUGGGCUGAUGGCGUGGUUGGAUGUUCAAACCUAGUUGCAAACCAAAUUCUCAAAAACGGCAUGUUUAGCAAUAAUACAGCUAAACAUUUUAUUCAAAGAGCAAAUAAAUAUAACCACGCCAUUCUACGAUGAAAUCUCUAAGUAUUCCCAGUCAAUUUUAGCAAAUAUUUCAAGCACUAAACAGUGAAAAAUGCAUCGCAAAUUUCGUUAAAAUUUGUGACGCCAAUUUCGUAGCUACAAAUGUAAAAAAAAAUACAAAACAAAGACGAAAAACAUUUACCUUGAAUACUUUGUCGUGGCUUAGGCAUGUUUUUAAAACAGUUAGACCAGUUUAUGCUUCGAUAUUACUCUUUUAAAGCGGAAAAUAUAGCGAAACAACAAAACUGCUGAGAACUUUGGCAAUACGCGUGACGUCACAGAUUGCAACUGGGUUUAGACUGUGACGUCAGGAAGUUUCCUAUCCAGUUAUUUUACAAUCCAUGAUGCAACCAGGCAUAAUAUCAGACAUGUUUUGCUACUCUGGUUUACUGUCGUUCCAAUUGAAGUGUUGCUCAAAUAUUGAUUCAAUACAUUACCUCGGGCUGACCAAUUCAUUUGAUGAAGUUCCUCGAGAUAUUCAUACACUUCCUGUGAAAGAGCCAAUUCCAAGUAUUUGAUCAUUUCUGGUCACUUCCUUUCUAUUUAUGAUUGGUUAUUUGCACAAACAACAAAGGUGAUUGGUGCAUUCAAACUAUUCAACAGGAAGUUUACAAUUAUACUAGGAAGUGUAUGAAUAUCUCGAGGAACUUGAUGAACUGAAUUGGUCAGCCCGAGGUAAUGUAUUGAAUCAAUAUUUGAGCAACACUUCAAUUGGAACGACAGUAAGUAAAUGAAUGUAAUCCCUGAACAAAUUACAUUCACAAUCCAGCAUUUUAACACUCCAGCCUAGUGUCUUCAUGCAACCAGGUAUAAUAACAGACAUGUUGCAAUCCCUGAACAAAUUACAUUCACGAUCCAACGUUUCAACACUCCAGUCUGGUGUCUUCAUACAAUCAGGUUUAAUAUCAGACAUAUCUGUUUUGAUACUCUGGUUUAAGUAAAUGAAUGUAAUCCCUGAAUAAAUUUAAUUUACAGUUACAUAACUCCAGCUAAAGAUGAAAUUUUGAUCUAGGCAAGAAGAAACAAAUCCAUUACCACAGCUGGAAAGAGCAUCUUAAAAUGAGUAAAAUUGCAAAGUUUGGUUGCGAAUUGUUGUAAAAUGAGGAAAAUAUAGCCCUGUGAAGUUUGCAAAUUUUGUACAUACUUGCAUUACGCUCGUGAAAAAUAACCAUUUUUGAGCCGAAAAUGGUUAUUUUUACCGCGCGUAAUACAAGUAUAUACAAAAUUUGCGAAUCUCACAUGGCUAUAUUUUCUUCAUUUAACAACAUUUAGCAACCAAUCUUUGCAGUUUUACUCAUUCUAAGACGCUCUUUCUAGCUGUGGUGUUGGAUUCCGUUCUUCUUGCCUUGAUCAAAUGCAAUUUGUGUGGCGAAACUUGCGUGAAUGCAAUUUGUUUGGCGAAACUUCUAAUUUAAAAACUUUGACCUUAUCUUUUUCUUCUUGCAGUUGACUGUCCGGUAUGCGGUCAAAAGAUGGCUCCAGCGCGAAUCAACCUUCACCUGGAUUCGUGCUUAACAAGUAAAGACAGAAAAGAUAAUCUCAGAAGGUAUAUUUGGGGCUGCACGCCUCGUGAACGAAGUGGACUGAAAUAGUCCCUGAUGUUUUGUAAAUUUCGUAAAAGAAUCCCGCUAAUGGAAUGGACAAAUUGCAUGUUAGACUAAAUUUUAAUCUAAGUAAAGAGAAGCGAAUCAAACACCACAACUAAAAGAACAUAAUGAAAUUAGCAAAAUUGCAAAAUUUGGUUGUGAAUUGUUGUAAAGCUUGGAAAAUAUAGUCUUGCAAAGUUUCCGAAUUUUAUAUAUAUAUAUAUAUAUAUAUAUAUAUAUAUUUAUAAUAUAGCAUUUGUGGAUUCUGAACGCUGGUUGGCUAAGAGCCGUGUUGAUAUAACUCAAUGUCAACACGGAAACGUCGGAAAAUUUCUUUCUUUAUGUUUCUUUGUGAUAUAUUAUCAAACAAAUAUAAAACAUUUUUUCCGUAUUGAUAUAUAGUUAUAUCAACACUCGUGGAAAUUGGGAAACUCGAAACUGUGUGAAAACACUCCGCCCUUCGGCCGUCAUGUUUCCACACAAUUUCUCGUUUUCCCAAUUUCCACUCGUGUUGAUAUAACUGUAUAUCAACACGGAAAAUGUUUUAUAUUUGUUAAAUAUUAUACGUGCGGAAAUUGUUACCAUUUUCGGUUGUAAAAUGGUGACAAUUUCCGCACGUAACACAAACAUAUACAAAAUAUGCAAACUUCGCAAGGCUAUAUUUUCCGUAUUUUACAACAUUUCGCAACCAAAUUUUGCAAUUUUACUAAUUUUAAUAAGUUCUUUACGGGAAUUUACUUUUUUUUGCCCAGAUCAAAAAUUAGUCUAACAUACAAGUUGUCUAUUCGAUUUAUUUACAGCACAUCGUCACAGUCACCGAAAAAAGAAGAUCAGAAUACGUGCGAGACUUC